AUGGCAGCUGCCCCAGUCCUGGACCCAGAGGCCGAGUGCAGCAAGGACGUCAUCCUGGUGGGGUCCAGCGAGCUGUCGUCCUCCCCUGCACCUGGGCCCCAAAGAGAUCAGAUUGCAUAUGAAGUCAAGGUUAACCAACGAGCCAUAGAAGACCUGUGCAUCUGCUGCGGGAGCCUCCAGGUGCACACGCAGCACCCCCUGUUCGCGGGAGGGAUGUGCUCCCCGUGCAAGAACAAGUUCCUGGACUGCCUCUUCCUGUAUGAUGACGACGGGUACCAGUCCUACUGCUCCAUCUGCUGCUCUGGAGAGACUCUGCUCAUCUGCGAAAACCCCGACUGCACCCGGUGCUACUGCUUUGAGUGCCUGGACGUGCUGGUGGGCCCGGGGACCUCGGAGAAAGUCCACGCCAUGAGCAACUGGGUGUGCUUCCUGUGCCUGCCCACCUCCAGAAACGGGCUGCUGCAGCGCAGGAGGAAGUGGCGGGAGCGCCUGAAGGCCUUCUACGACCAGGAGGCGGACAGUCCCCUUGAGAUGUAUGCAACUGUGCCUGCGUGGAAGAGAGAGCCAGUCCGGGUGCUGUCCCUUUUUGGGGAGAUAGGGAAUGAGCUGAUGAGUUUGGGCCUUUUGGAAACUGCUUCUGGCUCAGGAAACCUGAGGCAUCUAGGCGAUGUGACAGACGUAGUGAGGAGGAACGUGGACGAGUGGGGCCCGUUCGACCUGGUGUAUGGCAGCACGCCUCCCCUCCACCAGCCCCGAGACCGUCCUCCCGGGUGGUUCGUGUACCAGUUCCACCGCAUCCUGCAGUACGCCAAGCCCCGGUCCAGCAGCCCGCGGCCCUUCUUCUGGAUAUUCGUGGACAACCUGGUGCUGACCAAGGAUGACCACAUUGUAGCCACACGCUUCCUGGAGACGGACCCCGUGACCAUCCAGGAGGUCUGCGGCAGGACCGUCCGGAACGCCGUUCACGUGUGGAGCAACAUCCCGGCCGUGCGGAGCAGGCAUUCUGCCCUGGCUCCCCAAGACGAGGUGUUCCUGUUGGCUCAGGACAGGCCAAGAGCAAAGUCCCCCAGCCCGGGGCCCGCCAGACUGGUGAAGAAUUGUUUUCUGCCCCUGAAAGAAUAUUUCAAGUUUUUUUCAACAGAGCUCACUUCCUCUUUAUAAAUGACUC